AUGCCAACGAAUAACCCCGGAAUCGUGAAGCAUAAACGCGAUCGAACCAAUGAGAACUUCUCAAAACGUCUGCAGACCGUGAUAAACAGGUGUGGAGAAUUGGCCCAGUUCAACGCCGACGUUUAUCUGCUUGUACGUCGUGGAAAAAUCUGGGAGUACAAGACCCUGAAGUGCGACUGUUGGCCCCUCUCCUCAAAAAAGAUUGAGAAUCACUACCCCUUACCGAUCAGGAAAACAUCUGCAGAGCUUAUAUCAAAGGAAAAGGAGGAGAAGAAGAAGAAGGUAGAAUAA